AUAAACAUAAAAAUAAAAAUGGGUAAAAAAAGCAAAUAAAUUAAGAAAAAAUCUUUCCAAGAUGAAGAAGAAGAAGUCGAAGUAACCAAUAAUCACAUUGAAGUAAAUGCCUAAAAAGUCCAAUAAGACUAUAUAAAGCCCUUGACUUCCACGAAAGCUAAAUUAGAUGCCAGUGAAUGGCCUUUACUAUUAAAAAACUACGAUAAGAUGAACAUUAGAUCAUCUCAUUAUACUCCAUUAUGUAAUGGAUCUACUCCUUUAUCCCGUUCUGUAGAAGAACAUUUAAAAUACGGAGUAAUAAAUUUAGAUAAACCAUCAAAUCCUUCAUCCCAUGAAGUAGUUGCGUGGAUAAAGAAAUUAUUCGAUAGAAUAACAAAAAUGGACAAAACAGGGCAUUCGGGUACUUUAGAUCCGAAAGUGACAGGAUCUUUAAUUGUAUGUUUAAAUAGAGCGACAAGACUUGCUAAAGCUCAAUAAAGUGCAGGAAAAGAAUACGUAGGAAUAGUACGUUUACAUUAAGAAAUUUAGUCUUCGAAUAAAUUAAAUAAGGCUUUGUAAUAAUUAACAGGGGCUGUUUUUUAAAAACCUCCUCUAAUAUCUGCUGUUAAGAGAGAAUUAAGAGUUCGAACUAUUUACGAGUCGAAAUUAAUCGAAUAUAAUCCCGAGAAAAGACUCGGGAUUUUCUGGAUGAGUUGCGAAGCAGGAACUUAUGUGAGAACUUUAUGUGUACAUUUAGGUUUAUUAUUAGGUGUAGGGGGACAUAUGGAAGAAUUAAGAAGAGUAAGAUCCGGUAUUAUGGAUGAAAAUAAAUACCUAGUCACUAUGCAUGAUGUUAAAGAUUCAAUUUGGAGAUAUGAAAAUUAUAAAGACGAUUCAUAUUUGAGAAAAGUAGUUAUUCCUCAGGAAGUCUUGCUUACUAAUUUCCCUAGAAUUGUUGUUAAAGACUCUACUGUUAAUUCUAUUUGUUAUGGGGCUAAACUUAUGUUACCAGGAGUACUUAGAUAUGAUAAUGGAAUUGAAUUAGGUAAAGAAAUUGUACUUAUUACCACUAAAGGAGAAGCUGUGGCAGUUGCUAUUGCUUAAAUGUAAACUUCAGAAUUAGCUACUUGUGAUCAUGGGGUAGUAGCAAAAACUAAAAGAGUAGUGAUGGAUAGAGAUCUUUACCCGAAAAGAUGGGGACUUGGACCGAGGUCUUUGAGAAAGAAAAAUCUUAUUAAGGAAGGAAUGUUAGAUAAGCAUGGAAAACCUAAUGAAAAAACACCAAAUGAUUGGACAGUUUAUUAUAUUAGUGAAGAUAAAAAUAAUAUUUUGUAGGAUUGAUUUUCCUUUUUUUUUUUAAGUUUAUAUGCGUUUUUUUUUAAUUUUAUAACUUUUUUUAAUAUGGGUUUUUGGGUAUUAUUUUGAUUGUUUUAUAUAUAUAUUUUUUAAAAAAAAAAUUAAAUUUUUUAUUUAUUUAAAAUAUAUAUUUUUAGUAUUUUUUUAAAUUUUUGUAUUUAUUCUAAAUA